CUAGUAAACAAAUGGGUCGAAGGGGACGACUACACAACUAAUUACUAAUGGACGCCGGAAUUUAACCAUUUUUUCGAUUUUUUCUCCCUCCUUCGCCACUUUAGAGGCUCCUUCAACCACCGUAGAGAUGGCCGACACACUGGUACAGACCAAUUUGGAGAAAAUAAGCAGCUUCCUCCAGGAUGUACAGUAUCGGUCUUUAAUGAUUAACAGCGCCAACUACAACGUGCGACUGAUGCGUGAACGGAAAACUCGCCUCCCAUUCCUUGAUUCACAGACAGGUAUAGCACAGAACCCGUGUAAAUUGUACAUGAGUGCCCGCCAUCGAAUGCCCGGGACUGUCGAGGGUCAGCUGUACGUGUACCCGUCCCAGAGAUGGUGUUGCAGAAAAAGAUCGUACAUGGCACUAGCUCACCAGCACUGGCUCUUAAAAAAGGCCAUUAAAGAACCAGAGGGCGACGAACACACCAUCGUCACCGUGGAGAACCCGGCAGCAGUCAACACCGAGGAGACAACCUUUGUGUACGAGACAAAAGUAGCGGAACCUUUUUACUUUGACGAGACAGCUUUCCUAGAAGACGAGGAAGAGGAGCCGGACGACGACGAUGACGACACAUACUCCACUCGUGCCACACCAACGCGAAAGAGGAAAAAAGCCCCGAAAAUUCCCAAGCCCGUGAAAGUGAGGACCCCAGGCAGCCGCGGCAGAAGGAAGAAAGAACCUCAGUCCAAGACGUCUGUAGAGGGCGACGAGGAGACCCCUGGCAAGCCCUACGAGUGCCAGCUGUGUGGCGCUCGCUACAAGACCAGACAGGGUCUGUCCUACCACCUCUCGCACACACACAAGGGGGGCAGGGCUAACUCUGGGGGUGGACGGUCCAGAGGGGGAGGCAACAAUCCCCCCACCCCUAGGGCUGAUCCUGCCUCGGCUGGCGCGAGUUACCAGCCCCAGGCCUACCAAUCUGAUGCUCUGGCUGGCCUGGCAGAGUUUCAGGACAGUUACCUUGGCUACCUAUCAGCCGGCCAAGACGCCUCACCCACGGGACGAAGUGGCAGCAGCAGCACUAGUAACAGUAGUAGAAGGUCUAGUGGCGGAGGGGGGGGUGGGGGAACCGGGGCUGUGACACCUGCGCUAGCAGGAAAUGGAGGUGGCUCUUGCACCAGUCGUGGGACCAAGGGAAGCAAUUCAGGCUGGUCUGGUCUCGCUAAUGUCGGGUCACCGUCUACCAUGAUGCCUACCAGUGGGACUCCUACUUCAACUUCAGAAACAUUGAGAGAAGCCAGCCCUGCCAGCCUUGCUGUUCCUGACCUGGACCAGCAGCAACUUUCUAAACCUCCAAAGGUGAUGGGAGAGAAAAACCGCGCUCAGCCAAGCCCAUACUGUGAUUUCUGUCUGGGCGACGCCACAAUGAACAAGAAAACCGGAGAGUCGGAGGAGCUUGUCUCGUGCUCAGACUGUGGUAGAUCUGGUCAUCCCACUUGUCUGCAGUUUACGGCCCAUAUGAUGAUCUCGGUGAGGCAGUACCGAUGGCAGUGCAUUGAGUGUAAAUGUUGUACGCUAUGUGGCACCUCGGAGAAUGAUGACCAGCUGCUGUUUUGUGAUGACUGUGACCGAGGCUACCACCUCUACUGCUUACGUCCUCCGCUUCAAGAGCCACCCGAGGGCGAGUGGUCCUGUGAUCUCUGCCUCCAACAAUUCCACUCUAAGUGAGACAAGUGCAGUCUUUAAUCUUGUGUGUCAUGUGUCUCAGUAGAAUUGAGGUCUGUAGUCCCUCACCCAUAGUACCACUUAAAUGAGACACACAUUUCCUUGAUCUACACAGCAAGAAGUUUCAAAGUUUAUAUUAUCAUCGUUGUUACUAAUGAUCACUUCAGAUUUGUCUCAGUGUAAAAAAAAAGCCUUAAAAAUCUCCCUAUUGUUUGUAUCUACAGUGUCAGUAACAGUGUGGGGGAAGCUGGAAGUUGAAGAUAAACUUACGGAAGAAUUUAUAUUUCAGUGAAGAUAAGAGAAUGUCUGCUUGAUACAGCACCCUGAUUCAUUCUCUUCAGUAAAGGUUACAAUUAUAUAGUAUUUGAACGAUGUAUCCGAGGGGAAGGUUGAUCCUGCGGGUCUUCACGUGGAUGUGGGUUUGACUAUUAUCUAAGCUGAAAGUUGCUAUUACCAAUGAUGCCUGUGGCUGUUAGUUAGGAUUAUAUAUGUUGCUUCUCAUAUCACUCUGGCAGUCCAGAUUAUUGUUUGAAAUUCAUGAUUAUAAAAUCACUAUAGUCAUUCUGUAGUUGAAUGUAGGAAGAAUGUGAGAAGUUAUAAAUCGUCUUUAUCUGAGGAGGUGUGAGACAGAGACAAAGGCUGCCAAAUAAAGGGGUACUUUGUGAAUGGAUUAUUUUGAGGAAUGUUUUUAAGGCCCCACUCUGCUACACAACACAUAAUAAGUGUUGUCAGAGUGAACUUUUAGAAAUGCUGGGAAUUUUUUUAAACCUCUACUUUGAAUCUGGUUUAGAAACAUUUUUGGAAUCUUUCACAGAAUCUUGAGUAAAUACGGAAGAUGACUGACCAUGUUUAUAUAAGAAGCGCAUGUUGUUGCUCUUUUGCAGCGUCGCGUCUUCGCUUGUUCAUAUAGGACUAUGAACAGAAGCCAGAUCGAAGUGAAUUCUUCAGCCUUUAUUUUUUGUAUGAUGUUUCAAAAUAAUAGGUGUAAGUAUUUACAGUACAUACUUGGUGUAAGUGUAGUACCCAUGAAUAAAAAAAAUUCUGUCAUGCGAUAUUGACCGAUAAAGUUGUGACGAUGAUGUUUACUUAAAGAAGAGAAAUUAGUACAAGUAAUUAGUUCUAUACAACGUACCCCGUGUAUCCAGAAGCGCCGUAUUCCUCGUGUGUGGCGAAGAGAACGACCAGGACAUAAGAGUGAUGUUGCCUCUGCUGGAUUUUUUAAUAUAUACAAAUGAGUUUAGAAGAUGUAGACAAUUUAGCAGAAGAAAUAAAGUUAUUGUAUGCGUGAUCGGCAGAUAUUAUGAAGAUAUAUCACUUGCUUAUAGGUGAUGAUAGAAAAGAAAGUUAAUUUUAUUUUAAGGACUAAGUUUACUUCCUUUGUCUAGUUAUGUGUACGUGAGAGAAGAGUUUUAUAGCAGAGGUUUAUUCUUGUUUUAAUGAUAAAGAGGCUAGCUUUUAAAAUCAGGCCAAAGUAACGACUGUAAGUCUCACAACAUUGUGUGUUUGUGAAGCAAGUGGUUUUUAAAUGAACGUUUACAACUUGUCUAAGAUUUUUUAUGAAUUCUUCUUUUUUAUAAUGCCAAUGAAUAAUGAUAAAGACAAUGUUGAAAAAAGUCUUGAAUAAACUCUACUGCCUGCUUGAGGUUCAACGUUUAUGCUGCCCACCAUUAUCUUGCUAAGCUUUUACUGUAGUGUUUUGUUAUGGUGUUUGUGGAUAUGUUUCACCUUUACACCACAGACACAGUGUAAACGCCCUCACCGCACUCUCUCAGUCUCUCUGCUUAAGCUAUUUUAUUUGUAUUACUUAAUCCAUAUCUGUACUGUAUCACACAAUGCAAAUAGCCUGGCCUCCACCAUCCCCUACACCACCAUCUCCUACACCAUCACCAACACCACCAUUAACACCAUCGACUUCUGUAUUUGAACAGACAUUAAAUAUUUAGGAAAUAUGUUUUUUUAAGGAAUUAGUUUUCUGUGAUGAGAUACAAGAACUUAAUAAUGUGUUGAAGUCUGGUUUCUGUGUAAGACGAUUCUCAAAGUAAGUUUGCAGAGAUAUGAGAAUUUUUGUCAUUCAUAAAUUUUAUUACCGGACAUACUAGAUAAUUUCAUUUUAAAUUUUGUGAGGAUCUUCAAAAAAUGCCUUAAAUUGGUGCCACACAGGAUGGUUGAUAUGAAGUAAUAUACCGUACAUAUGUGGUUAUUAUCAUCCAUAACUGAUCAAAAACUUUAGUUAACCCCUUGUGUAUGGGAUCCCUCUGUGCUGAAUAAAGUCGUCUGGCAUUACCCAAAUAAUAUAUUAAUAGUGACAUUCCUGUAGUGAAGGGUUAUCAGCAUGUACGUAUAGGGAUCACGGGCACCUACAGUAAUUUAUUUUGCACAUUGUCUAUUAUCAAUGUUUUACUCUGACCAACUCUUUGAAUGAUCUCCCUAACAAGACAUCUACUGUGAACACGUUGUCUUAGAAACCCUUGUGUAGGCUCUCUAUAUAAGGACACAAAUGCUCCAAACAGCUACACUUGCCUUGGGAAUUUUAGCCUGAGAAAUGUUUUUUAAAGCAGAGUACAGUAUGUAUAUUGCUCAAUUGGUGUUCAGUCAUACCAUCCACCCAGCGAUAAUAUUCACUUUUCUGUGCAAGUUCACCUCAUUUGCCACACCAUAAUCUAUUCACCAGUUGUUGCUUAAUACUUGGGAAUUCUUUCAAGCCUCAACACAUUCUUAACCAAUUGUGUGCAGGAUUCCCUCUAUGCUGAAUAAAAUCUUCUGUCAUUAACCAAAUAAGGUAUUAAAAGUGGCUUCACUAUAGUGAAGGGUUAGGUGUGAAACAUACACAAUUUCAGUCACAAAAAUAACUUUCAUGUCAAUGCUGAUGUAACUCUUGUUUAAACCAUAACAACAAGUUUCGUUACUAUCCAAGACGCCUUCAGGAAGCUGUUGAUCACAAGGUUCACUUCUCAUUGCCAAGAUUCACAAACCUGACAAGAGGCCGAAACUAUGAACUCAGUCCAGAUAUCACAUACAAAAACUGUACAUUAGAUUUCAUUUUGACAUGUUAUUCCAUUCUUACAUUAUUAAGAGAAAAUGUUUUUAUCAUUGUUGACAUUUUUAAGUUAAACAACAUAUAUAACCAGCAGAUGCUGAUGAAAAUUGUAGUUUAUUGACUUCAGGUAAGAAAUACACACACAUGGAUGAAUAGGCUUUGUUACCACUAUAAGUUAAUCCAUUUUUAUGGCAUGGUCAUGAAAAUCCCUAUAAAAUGUAUAUAUUGGUAAAAGAGAAUUAGCAUUAUUACAGACCGUAAACAUAGCCAGCAUGAGAUACAGGCUCAGAUGUUCACUCCAACACUCCUGCAGCCAACACACACUACUGUAUUUUGGGUUGUGAAGGUUUCCGUGGGGCCAGAGGCAGUCUUGGCUGGAGGAUUUUUUGCUGACAUCUUAUAGAAUAUUGAUCACUCAUUUCUUCCCCUCCAUCAUAAAAAUGGGAUUUCAUGCUUUAAUUCUUCAUAUUUAGAAUAAAUAGAAUGUGCCAAGUAAAAUUUACCAAUUGCAGUUGGGUUGUGUUAAGAAGACAUUACAGUAUUAUGAACUUCUAUUUCAUUGUGUCAUCUCCUUCUGGCCUGAAAUGUAAAGUUGACGCCUCGGCAAACUUUAUUAAGAAUUACGAGAAGAGCAAUAUGUUAGUGGCCAGUACUGUACAGGUAUACAUUGUGCACAUACACAAGGACAUACAGUACUGUUUAGAAAGUCAUUUUAUAACAUGCAGUGGAUCAAAUGAACCAUCUACUUUUGCCAGCCAACAACCUUGUGAGUUCAACUUCAGGCUUUCCAAGGACCCUUCACUUGUGUGCCUGGGUUAUUGACCUGUUCCACUGUUGCUUCUCAGCUGUUUGGACGUCUCGCAUAUGGCUCGUUUUAACAGCUCGGUAGGUGUUUUAUUUAUUCACUUAAACAAUAAAUUUGAAAACUAGCCUGGUUGCCAAUCAUUCCUAUAUAUUAGUUUACACUUUACUGGAUUAUUUACUGUUGCUCGAUCGUCCAUUUAGUAGUUGAAAGUGGGACAAGUUAUCAGGCUCCUGAACCUCUUAAUUUCAUGUAUUGUUUAGCUGAAUACAGUACACAUAAAAUACUUUUUAUCUGUGGGCUAUACUGUGCCCCUUUAUACCCAGUCAUAGAGCAUAUUGGAACCUUAUGAGAGUAACAAUUAGUUAACUGUGAUCUGGUUGUUCAUCGGGUCAGUUCAUGGGUCAACCUUGUUCAAUAAACCUGAGUCACCCAUCAACCAAUUCCUGUUUAUUUCCGCUGUUGACUGUACUUCCAUUAUGUCAUUUAUUUUGUAAUUUUCUUGUGCUAUAAAACUAUUAAGGAAUUUUCUUCUACUGUUUGAUAUCUUGCAGUGUGGUGUAUUGUUUCCUGGAGUUGAGUUCAAGACGAAGCUUAUGGGAUUCCUGUCUGUGAAUUAGGGUUCUGCUUUCUUUACCAUGCACAGUACUGUAUUGUUUGUCUAGUCAUGAGGAGUAUUAUUUAUGUGUUGCUUUGAUUAGUUGUGUAGAAAUUAAGUUCACAAUCCAUUAAUUGGUGAGUUUUGUCAGAUGUUCUUGACAAAUUCAUUCAUUAUGUAUGGAAAAUUUUAAUCUGUGUCAUUUUUAUUUGUUGACUUUCCUGUAGGAUAGGAAUGUACUUUAGCCUCUUGAUUACAUUUUUCUUGAGGAUAGACAGGUACAGUACAGUACAGUACAUUAAAUGAUUACCCAGGCUGGACCAGGGGACAGAUUCUACUUUUCAUGGGAUAGUGUUACUUAGGCUAUCAUCCCAGCCUGCCAGCAGGAUUCUGGUUGAAUCCUGAGUUAGAUUUUGUACGUUGUUUUUAAGACUACCCUGACAGAUCAUCAUGAAAAGAGGAAGAGAUACUCUCCGAUGAUGUUGGUCAUAAUGAAAACUGGCUCAUGAUGUUGGAAUACUGUAUUGGUGUAAAGUUAAGACUGGUUCUAUUGUUACUGUCUCGAGAAGUCAUCAUUUGCUUGUGUGGCACCGUCCCUGAUCAUCAUGGAAAUCACUGUUCAUGUAAGGAUAGAACAUCAUUUUGUUGUUUUAUAGUGAAUUACAUAUAGUACAGUACUUGAAAGGAACUGGACCUCAGAGCAUGAAGGGUAGUCGUGUCAUCCUGUUGUGCAUUAGCAGUUUUUCUUUUGUUAGAGAUUCUUUGUUUAGUCUUGUACAGUAUGACUCGGGAUCCCAUUGUAUUGAUCAGAGAACUCCGAUCUCUCCCAAAGUUUAUUCCUGCUUCUAGGGGCUAUUGGUUGAAUUGGGGGGAAAUUCUAUUACAAGAUUUCUAGUUUGCUGGAUUUCUAGAGUAGCUCAGUCAUACAGAUGGAAGGUUCUUGGUAACCCAGUAGUUAAACUCACAAGUUGGUUGAGUCGAGUACACGAGUUGCUUGAUCCAUUUCUAGAGUAUUAUAAUUUAUUGAUUGAUUGUAGUAAUAACAUCCCUUUUUAUGCAACAUCUUAGGUCAUAUGCUACCAAUGGUAUUAUAAAUUGGAUUUCAAGAUCAAUCACUCAUUUAGGUGUUUAGAGAAAUAAUGAGCACUGUACUAAUUUACAUACUGUAUUUGUUCUGUUCUAAUGUAUAUUUUUAAUAAGUGUUCAUUUCAUAAUACAUUUAGAGAUAUACUCUUUAUUGAUUUAUUGAAUUAUUUUAUUUUUUAUUAUUAUUAUUAUUUUUUUAAUAGUUUGGUUAGUUUUGGUUUCACAUCACAUCUGAAAUGAGCCGCCAUGAACACAGCCUCCAUUUAUAACACUGUGUCUAUGGGAAAAUUGCUCUCACUUUACAAAUUGUUAUAUUAUGAACCAUUAUAAUAAGGACCACCUGUACUCUUUCCUUUGAUAUUGGAAUCCAGGUGUGGUGGCGACAGUGAUGGGAGAAAUUUGUGAUUAAUGAUAUAACUCGCUGUCGUACAUCUUAACUACAGUACCUAGCAUCUGUUAUCUCAUCACAAGAGAAUAAAAGGCUUACAUUAAUAAGUAUACAGUAUACAUGUUCAAUCUAACCGUGCAUAGUAAAGUUAUCACGUGACCACAUUACAUUAGAUUCCACUUGUUGAAGAUUCAGAAUCUUUUAACCGAGUGGAAUGUUUAGAUGUGAAUUCUCAUAAGUGGUGUGAGAGAAGCAACUUGGUCUGACUAAGAACAGUAGGUGCAGUAUAAUGUAAGGAAAAGGACAGUGAUGAUAAUUAUUCUUGGUAGGAGGAGGAUAUAUUGUUUUCCUUUUUUAAUCUUUGCUUGUGAUAUUUGUGGUUUUUUUUUAUCUAUUAAGCGAUUAGUGUGUUUUGUUAUUACGUUUACAAGCAGACUUUGUUCGAGGAUGAUUUUUAUUUCAUAUUUGAUAUUGAUUUAUGUUAUGUACAGUACACAGACAUUCGUGGUAGUGCUAUUGUACCAUAUACGGUAUCUGUGUGUAGUGUAUUUUGUUGAAUUGUGAGCAUACAGCAGGACACAGACACUCUGCCAGACAGGAUGGAGUACUGUACUGUAUUGCCAUUUUAACUCUUGUACCUUUAUACUGUUUUUAAGUUUAUAGUCAGUAUGUAUGUCACUUAAUGGAUAGAUGCUAUUGGAAACAUUUCUAUAUUAUUAGUCUUAUUCCAUGUCCAAAACUUUAUAUAUUUUUAGUGGUAAAUCUUGUUAGCAGUACGAAUGUUAUGUUAAAGCUUCCACAGCUGUUAUGGAAUCCUUGUAUUUUACAGUACUCUUCGGAGGAACAAUUAUUGCAGUUAAUGUGUUGGAGACCUUUUAGAAUACAGUAAUGUAAUUAAAACACGUUGGCAUCUAACAGGUACAUGGGGUUAACGGUACUUGUGUCUUACCUGUUUCGUGCUAUUAAUUCCACGUAUCUGUUUAUUUUAUUCAUCUUGGUGCAUCGAUUAGUGUAACUUGGUGAAAUUUAUGUGUACUUACUGUGAUUGAUUGAUUUUUCCUCUGAUAAUCAAUCUUACACACUUGCUUCAUCAUCUCCAUUUCCAGGAGUUGUUUGUAUACAUCAGUAAUUUAUGUGUUUUAUGACUUAUUACCACAGCACUCCAAGUCAUUAUUUUACUGUACAUUACAACACACUUAACAAGAUUUUGGUGGGCAGAUAAAUAAAAGAGAUAAGUAAAAGAAAACAAAAGCUAUGUUCUGCAAUAAUAGAUUUAGAGAUUGGUGGAGAGAACACGGAUAGUAAGUUGUAAGGCAUUGUUGUGUUUCUCAGCUCAGUGACGUCACCAGAAUAUACUGUAUUAAUUAGUUAUGUCUUGUGUAAUAUGUUUAUAUUUGUUAAAACAGUACAGUCAACCGCAGAGUCCUGUCGCUUCUCUUCCUGAAACACGAACCCCCCCUCUGAGAUUCAGACUUGCAAAUCCGAAGCAUUAAUGGACAGAAUAAUGCUUCGGGUUCAUGAGUCUGAAUAUCGGGGUUUGUGGUUCAACAAGAGGGGCGACAGGACUAUUGUGGGUGGUUGUACCUUUGCCACUUUCAAUGACCGUGAGCUCAAGAGGAAAGUGCAAUAAGUCAAGUUUUCUGUGGUGGACUAAUAGGUGUUAUUGGGAGUCCACGUAAGUAAGUUUGAUUGUGAUCCUUUUAGACUAUUUUAGAAGGGUCCAAUAGUGUCUUUGAUUCUUACUUGUGACCGUGUGGACUAUUUGAUUGUCUAGAUUAAGGAAUAUCCCUGGAAGGUAUCGGAUAUUGUAGACCUUAGAUUGAUUUUUUGGCAUUCAUCAUCGAUAUAAUGGACGACAAUUACAGAGCUUAGUUGACAGUGGUGGUAUCUCUCACAGUUGAUCCGUGUUUCUAACCUUGGUACUGUAUCUGGUGUAUGGUAAUGAUGUUCCGGUCAUAGACAUAUGGUUAACGCUCUCCUCUCAAGGCUUCAGGAACCCAAGCAUUGGUGUGGCUGGGAUCAAUGUACCACUAUUGGAACACUUUAUACACCACCCCCCUUGAGCUAAGCCACAACCUGUCGUCUCACCACAUAGACGCUGAAGUGUGUUGUCUCUUUUUUUUAGCAAAUGUGAAUACUUUCCAACCUUUAAUUAUUGUAUUGUAGUUCAUGCCCAAGUUUGAUCUUCAGGAACCAAAGCCCCUAUAUUACAUAACAGAUAAACUCUGAUAAAGUAAUUUGGUAAAAAUGUAAAUAAUUUCUUACAGAACCUCAAAAAUUUGCUUGGGAUUACUGUAUGCUGUAAUGUAUACAGUAUUGUGUUUGUGUGUCUUGAUGUGCAGGUAUCAGGUGUACUUAUGAGACUACAGUACUGUCUAAGGUAAUCAAAUUUUAAAUUCUUACUUCAAGUGAAAUUAGUAAUGUGCAAAGAAAGAACUUAAAAGCAGAAAAUCUUAUUAUUAAAACCAUGACAUAUUUUAUUGAGAAUGUUUGGUUUAUUUUGAAUAGUUCAUGCAUUGGUGUUCUAUAAGCUGAAACCUCACUUCAACAAAGCUCUCCCAGUUGUAGAGUCAGAAAAUGGGAAAUGUACAGUAAGAGUGUUGUGUUACACAGUAAAGCCAAACAAAUGUAGCAUGAACAGACACUCAGUGGUACUUUAAAUUACUUGUAUAAAUAGUUUUGACCAGUUACACAGUGUUAGUUAUAUUUUAACAACAUUGGUGCUGAUGAUAAGAAAAAAAAUCAUAAUUGCUUAAUCUGUCACUUUUAUGAAGAAUGUAAAAAGUCAUACAGUAGCUACAAUUUCUGAGCCUUCAUAGACUGUGAUGAACAUAAAAAUGUUUUAGAGUGCAGUGUCUCUUUACAUGUGUUGUCUUAUGUGCUCACAGCAUGUCCAAUCUGGGUCAGUUUCAUAGCAUUAGAAAUUAUGGAAAUUUAAUCAAGGACUUUAGAUUACCAAUUUUUACGUUGAAUUUACCUAUCACAUUAGUCACCAAUAGUAUUUGACUUGUUUAUAGACCUUCAAUGAUUCUGGACAGCACUGUGAGGCCAGCAUUUCCAUCGAUUGACAAUUCAAAUGCCAAAAGUCCCACCUUGUGACUGACAUUGUAAAAUGCAUUUCUGGCUAUACAGUUGCUCAAUUCAGACUCGGUAAUGAAAUCAAACCUUAAUUUGUUCUUCUUUUUAUAUCACUUAGCACCAUUACAGUAUAUCCCCAGCUAUAUAUACAGUAGCUAACACAACUAUCUGUGCAGGUGGGGGUCGAUAUGCUCCAAAAUUUUACAUGUGACUAGUGACAGCCCUCAUACACCAAAAUUUAUCGUCCAUGGUCUCGUAUUGUUUCCCACAAAGUAUGCAGAAAUAGUUGUUUUAGCUACUGUACUUCAUGAUGUGAUAAUUUAAUUUAAACAGAAAGUAUAGUCGGGAGAUGGAGAUGUCUUGCCGUCAUGAAAGAUUGUCAUCACACAAUUGCUUACACCAGAAUUAUUACCUUCAGCCAGAAAGUUAAGUUCUUGACGUCGGUGUUUGUUUAUAAUCAGGUGUGGGAGGCGGAGGUGUCCAUACGUUGUUAGAAAAGUAGCAUGAACUGCAUUGCUAAAGCGUUUAUUUUUUGAUGACAUGAACUAAUCAAACCUAACAAACCUAGAAUAGUGUUGGCUAGGAUAGGUUAGGGUUAGUUAGUUUUCGUUAUUUCCUUUCUAUAAAUUAGUAAUCAAAAGGUCUUUGCGGUCCUGUUCAUAAUAUUUUUCUAGCACUGUACAUUUGCAUCAGUGUGUUGUCAGUACAGUGUCCAAAUGCACAGCUCACCAGACUUAAAGGCCACAACACUUCAGAGAACCUUCGGGACUGCCAUAGGUAUUGGGUUUUGAAUAAAUAACAAAAAUGGCUAAUGCUUAAUGCUUGACUCUAUACUGUAUCUGUUUUGAAGUAUAUUUCUCCAACUGAUGAAAUCAUAGAAACCAAACCAAAAAUUAGCUUCAAUUACUAUGACUUGGUGAAGCUGACAAGUGUCACAUUUAUCAAAAAUUUGACUAUAGUAAUUUGUAAUGCAGCCUUUGUACUCUUACACUUAUAUGGUAAUAAUUUGUAGCAAGUUUUAAGAAAAAAAUAUUGUACUUUCUCUUUGUAACAGAUGGAAGAAAGUUGAGCAGCUUUGUUGAUUGAUCUAUAUGACAUGUUGAGUUGCCACCUUUUGAGUGCCUCUACCUACCACAAAGAUUGUAAACAAAUUGCAACGUAGUUUUGUAAACACUGCACCUAAUACAGUAUAUAGUGAAUAAUGUGCAGUUUAUGUUAGUAAAUCACUGAUAACAGUUUAUAGCAACUUCUUUUUUACAUUUGCAAUACUGUACUUAGAUCCAGUUUCAAUUAGGGAACUAAGAUAGAAAGUACAGUAUAAUAUUUUUCUCAUAUGUUCUGUACUUUUGCAUUAAUUGCCAUUUUAAUGUUCACAUUAUGUUCCAGAUUGACUAUUGCUGUCAAAUAAGAUAUUACAUAAAGGAGCUGCAUGACCACAACUGGCAUUCAUUUAGCUGCCUAUGGAGUGAGAAAGAUAUUUGGCAACUUUUAAUUGAUGUAAUGAAACGAGUCAGGUGAAUUAUGUUUCAUUCCAGAGUGAUAUAAAAGUUUGGGGUAUUAAUAUCUCGUGAUUCAGGCCAGUUAUAUGAAGAACAGGAUUGUGGUUAGUAACUUGUGAUUUCCAAAUUGUGAAUCCCUAAGUAAAGGAUUCCUUUGGAUGUGUUUUUGUAAACUUGAACGAUAUGCUCGGUUUCUUAUCAAUCCUGUAUUGUUAGCACUAGUGUGCAUUUGAUUCCAUAUAGUGGAACUGUAAGUGAUACUCAUAAGCAUCUUUUCUGUAGUUAUGGCACUGACACAGUGUAGGUACAAAAUUCUUUUCUCACAUUAUUGCUCAUUGUUUAUAAGACGUAAUCUUGUACACGUUCACGUGAGAUGUUUAUGACUAAAACAGCUGUUAUAUAUUUGAAGGUAUCGCACUAUGAUUUCCAUUAUUGAAAGUAGUAUUUAAAUGGAAAUCUUAGGUAUACCAACAGCUUAUGAGUAAGAUUUAUGUAUUUUAGAUAUAAAAUAUUAUGUUAUGAAUGUUUGAUAAUGGAUAAACUGCUUGGCUUGUAGGAUGAAUUUAUGAAGUCCUUCUCACUCCACAGUAUGUUGACUAAGGGCAAAUAUCUGCUCUACUAUGUGAGUACAGUAAUAGUUGUGUUCACAACAAGUCAUGUGUGUAUAGUAAUGAUGAACUGUGCACAUGUACAUUGUGACCUGAAACAUAGCAUAAUGUGUCUGAAAGUGUUAUUAUUUAUAUGUUGUGUAGUAUUUGUGCAUAGCCAAAAAGAUAUGUUUGUUUACCAAAUGAACCAACAAACAAGUCUUUCUAUCUUGGUUUUCAAGAACUGCUGCUUCAUCUACAUUUGUAAUAUGAAAGAGACAGACAGUGUGCUUUGUGAUGCUGAAGCUCAUUAUGUUGUAAGACUGAUUGAGGGAUGCUAGGCAGGGGUUUAAUGAAUGUGUUUUAUGUUCAUAACCAAUGCCUAAUUUUAUAAAGACAACUUAGCUAUACAUCUUUUAUUCUUUAGUCGUCGUAAUGACUCGUGUUAUUAGUCAUAUUUUAACGUAACUGCCAACGAGUACAGUACAGUACAGAACCAGAUUGAAGUUUUACAUAAAUUUUCCUUUCCUUGAAGGCUUUAUAUAGUGCAAUGAUUAUUUGUGUUCCACAUUUUAUUCAAUAGCUUUGUUAUCAUUAUUAUGACUACCCAAAAAAUACAAUAUGCCAAAAAAAAAAAUAAACAUGUUUUUUGUCAUGAUAUUUGGUUCCAUGUUCAGUAGUUGUUAAAACUAUGUAGUGUAUGUAGAUUAUAUUUGCUUUAAAUUAUCAUUUGGUAAUUUACAACAAAGUAGAAUAUACUAUACCAAAUAUGCCAAUAGCCAUAAGUGUACAUACUUCAGCUCACCUAAAUAAAACUUUAAUUGUGAAA